CCAGUGAGCCUCACGCUCAAACUCUCCAACACCACUUUAGGUAUUUUGAGUCCUGUUCAGAUGUCACAGAGUUCCAACCUGAGACGACUCCAACUCUUCUAAAUACUCUCAUUGAACUGUUUCUGAUGUAGUUGCCUCAGAUCACAAACAUACGCACAAAAAUAAGACUUGUACAAACAAUCAUUUGGACUCCAGGUAGAAGUUGAAAAAUAUAUUUAUAAUUAGGAUCCCUGGGAUGAUGUUGUGCUCUCGUUUACGUCCAUCACUCCCCGGCAUCUUACCGCUGAGGCUUCUGGGUACUACAGCCUCCAGGGCGAUAGCAGUCAAGCAACCUGAAGUUCUGUCAGGGACCUUAGCCUUUGAGGAUCCCGACGCCUUCAGGGUGAAGAGUCUGGGCGAGCUGCUUCGUGCUCUGGGGGUCUUCCGCCUUUGCUCCAUCCCUGUGUUGGUCAACAACUGUGGAAAGCUGAUGUCUCUAACACGCAAAGUGUUGGGAAGGCGAGGCUUCUCGCUGCUGCUGAAGCCCACGGUUUACGCUCAGUUUGUAGCUGGAGAGACUGAGGUGGAGAUCUCUCAGUCCAUGGGGAAGAUGAGUUUCCUAGGACUGAGGCCGAUGCUGGCUGUCCCUAUAGAGGAAGACCUCGGAGAGAGUACUGGAGAGAAAAGAUAUGAGGAGAACAUGGAGACCAUGCUGGAAUGUGUGCGGAUGUCCCACUGCAACGCUUGGAGCAAAGACCCGAUGGUGCAGCUGAAGAUCACGGCCCUGCUCAGCCCAGAGCUGUGUGUGAAACUUACAACCCUCAUUGCCCAGCAACCGUACGAUCUGAGUCUUCUGGUGAGGGCGCUGGAUGGAGAACCGAUCACCUUCAGCGGCUUAGAUGAAAAGGACACAGCCCAUCUCCUGUGUGGUUUGAGAAGACUCAACAAAGUAGCAACGGCGAGUGAAAAAAAAGUCAGACUCCUGGUUGAUGCAGAGUACACCUACAUGAACCCCGGCCUUUCUCUUGUUACCAUGGCGAUGAUGAAGAAGUUCAACAAGGACGGUGUCUGGAUCUGGAACACGUAUCAGUGUUAUUUGAAGGAGUCCCGGUCUCUCCUGCUGGGAGCUCUACGUCUGUCCGAGAGCGAAGGUUUCUGUCUGGGAGUUAAGCUCGUACGAGGAGCCUACAUGGACAAAGAGAGAAGACUGGCGGAGGAGGAGGCUCGUGAGGACCCCGUCCACCAGAGCUGGGAGGACACAAAUGACAGUUAUAAUGGCUCCCUGGAUGAGAUGCUGAAAGCUAUUUCACAGAAACCAGAGAACUACAGGAUCAUAGUGGCCAGUCACAACGAGGAGUCGGUGAAACGAGCUGCCAAACGGAUGGAAGAGCUGGAUAUAGACAGAGAUGGAGGCUCCGUGUGUUUUGGGCAGCUUUUCGGGAUGUGUGAUCACGUCUCCCUCACACUGGCGAAGCAAGGCUACGCCGUAUACAAGUCAGUGCCUUACGGCUCAGUGGACGACACACUCCCCUACCUGGUGCGCCGGGCUGAAGAGAAUCGCACAGUGUUGCAGGGAAUCCGCAAAGAGAGGGAUCUAUUGAGGAAAGAGCUCAAGCAGAGAUUGGGACUGAUUCUGAAGCGUGGCAGCUAAUAACAGAUCACCUGUGCAGGUGGACAGAGGACAAGGAACAACUCUGCACAAAAGAUAGAAAAAAGAAGGCCACAUGGGAACCGCUGAUCUGAUCUAUGCGGCCUUACAUUUAUAAAUAUGUGCAUUAAAAGCUAGCUAUGACUGCCAGAUGAUGGUGAAGAAUGUCCAUACAUCAUGUUCAUUACAGAAAGUGCUUUUCAUCACUACUGUUGAGUAAUCUUGAACCAUGAUUUCAUUUCAAGUGACAAGAAUUUAUGAUCUGCUGGUCUUGCAGGUUGUGUGAAGUCUGCACACCACAUUUAAGCUUUUUUGUUGCUGUGAAUUAAAACGUUUUGCUCUUUUACCGUUUAUAAUAAUUAGCUGAAGUAUUACUGAUUGUAUCUUCUGCUCUGGUGCAUCAACAAACACAACUGUUCAUUCUGAAAAACCAGUUCAGAAACCAGAAGCAACUGUUAUUUCAUGAAAGGAUAAAAGGUGUUUAUAUCAAAGCUGAAAAGGUUUCAUGGUUUAAUUUUGACUUUAAUUAAAACUGUGAAAUAUGCUGGCAUAAUUUAUGAUCCAGUUCCUUUAUUAUAGUAGUAAUAAUAGUAUAAUAGUUGUAAAGGUUGUUCUGCACCUUCCUUUAAUUUCUGACAAACUAUACUCUGAAGAUACUCCUUA